AUGGCAGAACCCCACAUGAAGACAGCGGGCGUUGCCCAAUACAUUCGCCAUCAGGAUGACGUACCAGCCAAUGCCAUCGCUCCUACGGAAGCCGUUGUGGCUGAGUUUAAGCAGCUUAAGAUGCGACGCAAGUACCGUUACAUUUUGUUUCGAAUUGAAGCCGACAAGGUAGUUGUAGACGCGACGGCUCCAUCUUCGGCUACGUUCUUAGACUUUUGCGCUGCGCUACCGGACUCAGACUGUCGCUAUGCAGUGUAUGAUCACGAAUUUCUCACAGCUGAUGGCCGUAAGUCUAGCAAGCUUUAUUUCUUAACGUGGAUCCCGCAAAACUCUCAUCCAGGCUUCAAGAUGGCGUACACACACGCCAAGAGCGCUAUCCAGAGUGUAUGCGAAGGAUGCUUUGAAGUCAGUGCAGUCAUUAAGAAGGAGAUUGCAGUAGGCAUGAAUAUUUCGGAUGGGAAUGCUUCCGAUUCGGACAGCGAGUUUGAGGACGAUUAA